AUGAAUCAGGACAAAGACGAAGUGGUUAUUGUUGAAGAAGAGGGUAAAGACAGUGGUGGUGUUGCUAGUGAAACAGCAACAAAUAGUGGUUCAAAUAAACCUCAAGCACAAACCGAUGAUGAUGACGACGACGAUGAUGAAGAUGAACCCGUUUAUAUUGAAUCAAGUCCAUGUUCUCGGUGGCAAAAACGACGCGAAACAGUCCCCCAACGUGAUAUUCCGGGUAUUGAUGCAUCCUACCUAGCAAUGGAUACUGAAGAAGGUGUUGAAGUUGUUUGGAAUGAAGUUUUAUUUUCCGAAAGAAAGAUUAGUGACAUACAGCACAAUAAAGUCAGUGAAGUUUUCAAUAAAUUAAUCGAUUUGAGCCAUAUGAAUAUUGUUAAAUUUCAUGAUUAUUGGCAAGACCGGACGAAAAAAGAUGAUCGUCCACGAGUUGUUUUUAUAACUGAAUACAUGUCAAGUGGAUCUCUAAAAACAUUUUUACGUAAAACGAAAAAAACAAAACAAAACCUAUCGAAAAAUUCUUGGAGACGUUGGUGUAUUCAAUUAUUAUCAGCAUUAAAUUAUCUACAUUCACGUGAAGAACCUAUCAUUCAUGGUAAUCUAACUUGCGAUACAAUUUUCAUACAGAAUACGGGCCUUCUAAAGAUUGGAUCACUACAUUACCCUCAGUUGAAAACUUUUGCUGAUUUGGGAGUCGUUGCUCCUGAUGUAUUGCAUCGACAUGUAAAAAGUAUAACAGAUUCACCAACAAAACAUUUACAUUUUCAAGCUCCAGAAAUCGAUGAUGAAUUAAAUCAAAUCACAACAGCUGUUGAUAUAUAUUCACUCGGUAUGGUCACACUUGAGAUGAUCAAUGUUGAUCUUGGUGGAAAUGGUGAUACACAUUCAAUAACAGAAGAGGUGGUGAACGAAGCUAUUGAAACUCUUGAAAAUCCUGUUCAAAAGGAUCUUAUUUUGCAAUGUCUCGAAACCGAUCCAGCAAAACGACCGACAGCACGAGAAUUACUCUUUCAUCCAGCUUUAUUCGAAAUUCCAACUUUAAAACUUCUAUCUGUUCAUUCGUUAGCCGAUGAUAUUCGCUCAAAACCAGAUCGUUCAUUUGUCUCACCAUUUCAUCGACCAAUACAAAAUGAGGAAAUCUUCGCUGAAUUAGAACCUGUUCGAGAAGGUGUCAAAAUGGUUAUCUAUACUUUCAAAGAUUGCCCGUCAUUUGAUUUAGAUAAACUUCUUGAAGAUGUUCAAAGUGGUUUACAUCCUAUCACUGCCUAUCAUAUUCUAUUUCCAACCCACAGUUCAUUGAGUCUAGUAGCAAAACUUCCUAAUAAUGAAAAACUUUUAACAGCAUCAUCGUCAAGUUCAUCAUUACCUCCAUCAACUCUAAUAAAUAAUGACACUGAUUUAACAAAUUCUGUGCAAUCAAUAACUGACUCAUUUGUUUCCUAUCCAACAAGUACGAAUGAUUCCAAUUUACAGUCCCUAACAAAUGGAAUGAAAUCAAGGACUGGUACAGUCACAUUUGAAAGAACAAGUUCAGCAAACAAUGAUUCAGAACAUCAUAAUAAUGAUUCAACAUCAACGCUAGUUAAUAAUAAUAAUGCUAAUAAUAAUACAUCAACGGCAUCAUUAUCAAAUAGCGAUGAAAAGGAAAAUCGACGAAUUAUUGAUAUACAGUGUAAACUGAAAACAAAAGACACGCGCUCAUCUUUGUUACUUAUCAGUGUGAAGUUUCAAGAUCGAUUACAACGAGAUAUGACAGCCGAAGUAGACUCAGAUGAAUCAUCAAAUACGAUAGCAAAAGAAUUGUUGGAACAUGGCUUAUUUCAUGAGGCUGAUUACGUACGUGUUGAGCAAUCAAUAAAUAAAGCAUUAAAUGCCACAUUAACUCCUCAAGAUCUAAUUAUCAAUAAUCCAUCAGCAUCAUUAACUGAUGUAAAAAAAACAACCGUAGCUCCACUACAGACUUUACAAAGUCAACUGAGUACAUCAACUAUGCCGAAUGGAACAUUGAUAGAUGGAAAUAAUACAUCCGCAUGGACUAAUACACUAUCACAGCCACUCUCGUUUCUACCGACAUAA